AAGCUGUUAGCUGAAUUGCUUAGCAAUGGUGUCCAGAUAUAUCAGUUCCCAACAGAUGAUGAGACCAUUGCUAAAAUCAAUUCUUCAAUGAAUGCACAUUUACCAUUUGCUGUUAUAGGAAGUAUGGAUGAGGUCAAAGUUGGAAACAAGAUGGUCAAAGCUCGUCAGUAUCCAUGGGGUGUCGUACAAGUGGAAAAUGAGAGCCAUUGUGACUUUGUAAAGCUCCGAGAAAUGCUCAUUUGUACAAAUAUGGAAGAUCUUCGAGAACAAACUCACACUAGACACUAUGAACUAUACAGGCGUUGCAAACUGGAGGAGCUGGGCUUUAAAGACAUGGGCCCAGAGAACAAGCCAGUCAGUCUUCAAGAGACUUACAAAGCCAAAAGACAUGAAUUCUACGGUGAACUCCAGAAAAAGGAAGAUGAGAUGAAACAGAUGUUUGUGCAACGAGUAAAGGAGAAGGAAGCCAUAUUGAAAGAAGCGGAAAGAGAGCUGCAGGCCAAAUUUGAACAUCUUAAAAGAGUUCACCAAGAAGAGAGAAUGAAGCUUGAAGAAAAGAGAAAACUUUUAGAAGAAGAAAUAAUUGCUUUUUCUAAAAAGAAAGCAUCCUCUGAAAUAUUCCAGAACCAAUCUUAUUCUGUUCCUACUGGUAGCAAGAGGGAAAAGGAUCGAAAAAAACUCUAG